AAAAAAACGUACGGUCCUUUAAUGAAGGUUUAGCCCAAAAGAGUUAUUAACUUCCCAGAAGAACCUCUCAUCUUCUCUCUUCUCCAAAAGACUUUCUCUUUCUGUAAGAAACCUUUCUGUGUUUCUUUCUUUCUUUAACCAUGGCCGUUAAUUUCAAAAGGGUCAGCUUCUUGCUUGCUCUGGUAAUGACGGUGGCGGCUAUCCUCACUCCUUCAGUCAUCUCCGGCAAAAAUGGGUUCUCGGAUCUUCAAAUCCAUAAACACUUGAAACGACUCAACAAGCCACCUCUCAAAUCCAUAAAGAGCCCAGAUGGAGAUGUGAUUGACUGUGUCCCAAUCACGGACCAACCAGCUUUAGCUCAUCCUCUGCUGAUCAACCACACCAUCCAGAUGAGGCCAAGUUUCAACCCAGAGAGUGUCUUUAGUGAGAGUAAAGUUUCGUCCAAGUCUAAUGAUAUAACUCAGCUAUGGCAUGUGAAUGGGAAAUGCCCUGAGGACACAGUUCCCAUCAGAAGAACGAGGAAGCAAGAUCUUUACCGAGCGAGUUCCCUCGAGAAGUUCGGUAUGAAGAGCCAGAAGAGUAUUCCUAAGCCUAAAUCUUAUGAGCCAGCUAGUGUCCUCACACAAAAUGGUCAUCAGCACGCGAUAAUGUAUGUCGAAGAUGGGGUUUUCUACGGGGCUAAAGCGAAGAUUAAUGUAUGGAAUCCGGAUGUGGAGAUGCCUAAUGAGUUUAGCUUAGCUCAGAUUUGGGUUUUGGGUGGAAACUUUAACUCUGAUCUUAAUAGUAUUGAAGCUGGCUGGCAGGUCAGUUCACAGUUGUAUGGUGAUACUCGCACCAGGCUCUUCACUUAUUGGACUAGUGAUGCAUACCAAGGCACUGGCUGCUAUAACCUUCUGUGCUCAGGGGUUGUUCAAAUCAACAGGGAGAUUGCAAUGGGUGGUUCAAUCUCACCUCUAUCUGGCUAUGGGAACUCUCAGUAUGACAUUACCAUACUUAUCUGGAAGGAUCCAAAAGAAGGACAUUGGUGGCUACAAUUUGGAGAGAAGUACAUAAUAGGAUACUGGCCAGCUUCACUCUUCUCUUACUUAUCAGAAAGUGCAUCGAUGAUCGAAUGGGGAGGUGAAGUGGUGAACUCACAGUCUGAGGAAGGAAAACACACCACCACUCAGAUGGGAAGUGGUCGGUUUGCAGAGGAAGGUUGGGGGAAAGCUAGUUACUUCAAGAACGUUCAAGUAGUCGAUGGGUCGAACGAACUGAGGAACCCUGAGAAUCUUCAAGUCUUUACUGAUCAAGAAAAUUGUUACAAUGUGAAGAGUGGUGAUGGAGGUUCUUGGGGAAGUCACUUCUAUUAUGGUGGUCCUGGUAGAAACUCUAAUUGCCCUUAAAGAUCUGUCUACUUACUUGCAUAGCAGGAUCAGUCCAGAUUUAAUCAUCAAUUGUAUAAAACAUAUAUAUUAUAUACGCAUUCUUAAGUAUAUUGGUUUUAGUUUGCAAUGAGUGUGCCUUUGUUUCUAUGGAGUGAAGAGAAUAUAAAAUGUCUUUAAAGAACAUGGUCCCAUGUGUAUACUGGAAUAUAUAUAUAAUCACAUUAGUUA